CUGUACACCACCACAUUGAAUUUGAAAUGAAACAUUCAAGAUGUGAGCAAAGUCAAGACUUUCAGCUUUAAUUCAAGGGGUUUGACAAAAGUGUUGCAUUAAUUAUUUAGGAUUUACAGCCAUUUUUAUACACCCAACUCCAUUUUUGGUGGCUUAUAAAUGAUGCGACAAAUGGCUGACAAGCAGUUUCAUGGCCAGGUGUAGCCUGUUCCAUUGUUAGUCCAUGACAAAUCAAGCAGAUAAAGGUCUGGAGUUGGUUUUGAGUGUUACAUUUGCAUUUGGUAGCUGUUCACUGGAACACGCAACAUGAGGUCCAUGGAGGUGUAUGCAAGUGACAGAGGCCAUCAUUAAACUGAAAAAACAAAAUGAACGCAUCGCAGUGAUAGUAUAAACAUUGGGAGUGACCACGAAACAACAAUCUGGAACUUUCUUAAAAAGAAGGACUUAACUUUGCCAGUUAAGUCCUCAGCGACAACAAAAGGCCUGGAAGAUCAUUGAAGAUAACUGAAGUGGAUAACCACAGAAUUCUGGCUUGGUGAAAAAAAAGCUAUUCACAACUUCUAGAUGAUUAAAGAACACUCCUGAGGAGGUAUGUCAAAGUUUACAGUCAAGACAUGGUUUCAUGAAUGUAAAUACGUAGGCUUCACAACAAGGUGCAAACCACUGGUAAACCACUUUGCCAGAAAACAAGUAAAACAAGCCUGCAGGUUGUAUAAGAUUCUUUGGACCAAGACUAACCAGAAUGAUGGGAAAAGAAAAGUAUGGAGAAGGAAAGGAACGCCACCACAUCAUCUGUCAAACAUGGUAGAGGCAGUGUUAUGACAUGGGCAUGUAUGACUGCCAGUGGAGCCGGGUCACCGGUGUGUAUUGAUGACCUGACAGCUGAUAAAAGUAGCAUGAUGAAUUCUGAGGUAUAUAUGGUUAUACCCUCUGCUCACAUUCUGCCAAAUGAUGGAAAGUGAUAGGAUGCUGCUUCAUAUUGCAGAUGGAUAACGACCCAAAACAUACAGCAAAGGCAACCCAAGACUUUCACAAGGCAAAGGAAUGGGAUAUUCUUCACUGACCAAGUCAGUCACCUGAUCUCAACCCAAGAAGGCAUACUUUUCACUUACUGAAGCCAAGACUUAUGGCAGAAAGAACAACAAACAAGCAACAGCUGAAAGCAGCCGCAGCAACAGCCUGGCAAAGCAUCUCAAAGGAGGAGGCUCAGCAUUUGGUCAUGUUCAUGGGUUCUAGACUUUGCAGUCAUUGACUGCACAAGAUUAAGACUCGGUGCAGUGGUGUUCAGAGGCCAAAUGCCAAAAAAAAAUUGUCCCGACAUAUAUGUACUGUACCUCAGUACGAUUCUGAAGCACUUGCGCUUUUAUGUGAAUAUUGUCUGCUACUCUCUACUCCUACUCUAUGCUUAUUUGACAGCUGCAGUCACUAGUUACUAUUCAGAUUGAGAAUUUUGCAUUCUGACACUGAUGAAAAGCUUAUAAAAUACAAUGCAUUUUUCAAAAAAUGGUUUUCCAACCUUUCUGUCUAGGGAGACCUUGUAAAAGCAAUACAAAUUUCAGAUACUUUUGAGUUGAGGGGGCCUUGGUUGGGAAUUACUGGAUCUAUCUACAAAUUGUAGAUAAAUACAUUUUUUUUAAUCAUCCUUACACUGGAUGAGUAAGGAUGAUGAGGCAGCUGGUGGCGCGCGUGGGCUCAAAGGCAACGCGCGCUCUCGCAGACGGGUGCGCGGCGCGCGGAGCGGUGUGCAGAUGUGUCGCAGAUUUUGUAAAGUCAGGGGACGCACGGAAAGAUCCACCACAAGGAAGUCGCUCCGGAUAAAUGGGCCCUUAAACUGUCAGGAAAACAAGGUGGCUGAGGGAGAAACAGGAGGAAGAGGACAGAGCCGAAGGACCGCUGUCACAAUCAGUUAACGUUAGCUUAGUUUGUGAAGGAGAAAGACGUUACUUUGAUAGUUAAAAGCCAGCGGACGGCUGCGUGCACAAGAGAUGGAGCUGUCAGCGAUUGGAGAGCAAGUGUUUGCGGUGGAAUCAAUCGUCAAGAAAAGAGUUAGAAAGGGGAAUGUGGAGUAUCUGUUGAAGUGGAAAGGAUGGCCUCCAAAGUACAGUACAUGGGAACCUGAGGAACACAUUCUGGACCAGCGCUUGGUGCAGGCCUAUGAAGAGAAAGAGCAGAGAGACAGAGCUCUGGGUCACAGGAGAAAAGGAUCCAAAGCUAAAAGACUCCUUCUGCAGAACACUGUCUACACCAUGGAUCUCCGCAGCGCUCACAAGACUCCAGAGAAGCCUCAGCCUCGCCUGCGUCUCUCCCUGACACGCUCUCUGGUCUCUGAGGACGAGGAUCAGCCAUACAGUGCCUGCAGGCAGGACCCACAACCACAACUGGCACAUCAAAAAAGCAAAACCAGGAGGCUCAAGUGCCUAGAAUCAAACCCCCCCAGUCCAACACAAGAGGACUGGGAAGACCGGGGAGAGGAAAUAGAGGAGGAAGGGGAGGAGGAGGAGGAGGAGGAGGACAAUGUCGAUUAUGAGGAGGAUGGAGACGAGGAGGAGGAGUCUCUAAAGGAGACAACAGAGAAGAGUGAAGGCAUUUUAAAUGGACAGGAGAGGACAGACGAGUGGAGCUCUGCUAUUGGACCAGAUGAGGUCACUGCAUCAGAGAAGGAAGACGACGACGACAACGUCUGGAGACCCGUCAUCGGUCCUGGGGAGGUGACCGUCACAGACGUCACUCUCAACUCCCUCACAGUGACUUUCCGAGAGUCGAGAGUGGCCAAAGGCUUCUUCAGACACUGGGGCCUGGAGGUCUGACAUGUGAUGAAGUUUUCGGAGUGUGGUGAGGAGGGCACUGCGAGAGGAAGUUGCAGGCACUGGUGUCAUCACAUUAUGCGGAUGGUGGUUGAAGGCCAGUGUUGGUGUUUUCACUCCCUCUCUGUAACCUCUCGCUCUGCUCUCCUUCUCACCAGCUACUUGAUCAGUGGUACAUUUACAUGCACAGAGUCACCUUGAUAUAAGCCAAACUCCAGUUAAUGUCAUAUUUAGGGUGAGCUGAUCACAUAGAUACAGCAAGACUGAAUUACCUUUAGUUAAAGGGUUGUAAGAAAGCCAUAAGUGAGGUGCAGUGACUGGCAAUGGGGCGCCUCAAGUGAGCAAGCUGCGGCCUGUUUGUGGCUGCUAGAUAGACACUUUGGCUGAGAGUCUGCUCCUGUUGGCAGAACCUGGGAUAGCCGAGGGUCUCACUGUUGGCCCCUGGAGUUUUCCAGUGUUGAACAGUUACAUUGUGAACCAGUAGGUGAGGUGAGGGCACGAUUCAUAGUUAUUUUUGAAAGCUGGAAGUCGCACAUCUACUUACGGAAUCUUUGACUAUCAGUUAAAAUGUGCCAUUAUGAUCUUUUUCUUUUGUCAUUGGUCUAAACUUUUUCACCUUAAAGGUACCUUGUAAAGUUUGUUUGUGAGUAAAGAACAGAUAGAUGAACAGUUAUGUUUACAUUCAGUGUUCCUCACCAAUAGCCUAACUUGGGUAAUCAAGUUCUAAAAAAACACAACUAAUGCAUUUCCAUUCUUAUAAAAUAUUUAUGAAGACCAUUUAAAACAAUGUGGAUGCUACAUUGUAUACAUCCAUGUUUGUUAGCUUAGCUUAGCCUUCUUCUUACUGACAUUUUGCUGGUGCAUUUCUUCCACUUUGCAGAUCAGUUGAAUAGUGUGAAACCAGCAGCAGAAAUGUGCAUCACAUCACCCAAGAACUAACAAACACUGCAAACUGUCAAAACACUGCUCCAUAGCGCUACUAGUGGUCAAAGACACCACAGGGUACCUUUUAAAGGAGGAAGUUGAAUGGGCCUUGUGCAUGGAAAUUUGUCUUUCUUUCAUUUAAGGGAAUGAGUUUGAAUAGUAACAGUUAUUAGACCAAAGUAGCACAGUAGCACAGUUCCAGCAUUUCCAUUUAGUGACCUGAAAUUUAGCUCUCUGUGCAUGUAAACAUGGCUGCUGUUUCUGUCUCUUCCACACUAAGCUAACCGUUCGGUACUGGACUCAUACGUAUUGUACAUACUCCACACUACAGUGAGGUGGGCAUAGCUGUCAGUCCCAUACUAACAUGCAGUGCUGUACCUGUACCCUGUGAACACAUAGACUGUUACUUCUGUACAACACGUGGCUUAGUCUUGUAUGCGUUUCAAAAUCCUCCGAGGGAUGAUUUGAUCCGCCUGCAUGCCUUUCUCCUCCAGUACAGUUAUAUCAAUGCAAAUACAAACAGCGUAGUUUUCUCCGUCCACCCAGCUCUUCAUCUUAAAGCAUACAACAGACCCUACAAAGUGAUGACUGAGAAUUGUACCAAAAUUAGAAAACUAGAUGAGACUUGGUAACAGAAUGUAUUAUGGAGUUGCACUGUAUCUACUUGACAUGGUAAGUGUUUGUGUGUCUUUCAGGAGCCUCUUGGUAGAGUUCCACCGACAGGAUAAAUCACACUGUGUACGUGACUGACAGCUACUUUAUAAAUAAGACCAAAAAAUGUGAUUGACUUCCUACUUUCCAGUUAGCUUUGACAAAGGCAGGAAAAUCAGAUGGCGCUGUUUGUAUCUUCUUCUUGUAUCACUGCAAACCAAAAAUCAAGUUGAAAGCAUGAGCAGUAUGGACAUUUCAAGGAGAGCAAUCUUUAGACAAUUGUUCAAGUCUGAAGUUUGAAAAAUGUAAAUUCUGAUACACAGUUAUCUUUAGUUUUUGGAGUUUGCUUUUAUCUAGUUUAAACCUUUUGGGACUUAAAAAAAAAAUUCAAAUUAAGCAUUCAGCUCACAACUUACAAACAUGCAACCUAAGAUUACGAUAUAUACUAUAGAAUAGUACCGAAUUGAAAGUUAAUAACUUAAUGCAUCAGAAAUAAUGGGAACUCUGAGACUAACUAUUUGCUGCCUGGAAGGUAGGAAGUUGAUCUAAAAACCUGCGGUAUGUUCUAGAAAAACAGCAGUGGUAUAUGGUAUAUGCAAGUUGUAUUUAAUGGGCUAAAACACGAGAAACAAAACAAUAUGGCCUCCCUCAGUCAGAUGAUUAGAAAACAAAAUAAUCAUUAAUAUAAUUAGGAGAAAUAUCUGAAGCAAAAGACUAAUAAAUUAUGCUAAGUUUCCCCACAACACUACAAACUUAUUUGAAGUAACUGCGUUCAGGUAGAAACACUUUAAGACCGACAUCACUGAUUUAAAAAAAAAACAAAAACAAAAGCCCAGCUCUGAACCCAGCAUGCUGGUCUGACCCCACUGGUUCCCUGCCCGACGGACACAGGAGCUGAUGUGAUGUGUCAAGUCUGUGGAAUCUCCCACAGUGGUGUCCCAUUGGUCCGCAAGUUGUUUAUUCCACACUGAGGAUGAUGUGUCAGCGUCUCGUGAUCUCGAAAACUGUCUCUGUGUGACAAUGAAGCUGCAGGGAAUGGAAGUGCCUGAUGUUGCAUAAUUUUGUUGUUGUUUUGUCUGUAGGGCUAAUGCCUCUCUCCAUCCUUUACACACACACACACACACACACACACACACACACACACACACACACACACUCUCUUACAGACACAAGCUUAUUUGGUUUCUCUAUGAACGCACGAUCCUCCACUGAUGUUACUAAGACUUGAAACAAGAGCAGAAUUUAAAGGGGAGGAAGAUGGAGGGGGCAGCAGGGAGAAACAUGUAUUUUUUAAGUCGUUAUUUUUCUACGUUGACCUGAAUGUAUAUUUAUUCUUUAAAGAUAACCUGUGUAUUUGUCGCUCAGAUGACUGAACAGAAUAGUUUUUAUAAAGUUUGUGAUAACCACUGAGCUGAUGCCAUAUUUAAAUGUAGUGACAUGACAAAACAAGCACCUGGAUUUGACGUUGCUGAUGUGGUCGCUUGUGCUGCUUUUGUCCACCACUGAGCGAAGAACCUUGCACUUUAUUGUGAUGUAAACCUGCACAUUACCUGCUCCAGUCUAUCAAGUGUCAUCGUGUAUAGAAUAUUUCUAUGGUAAUACUAAAAUAAAUGUUACUCAUGUUUAGUAUCAUUUUAAGUGAACGUGUUCGGUUGCUCAUUGACAUAACCGAGUAUGCUUCCUUCUGGUUGUUCACAGAUGCAGUGUUGUGUUCAGAUAUUAAGAGUUUACGAGGAGUCCGUAAGUGUUAUGUUACUCUGUGAGUGAGCUCUCUAAAGGCCAAGAAAGACAAAGAAGUUUUAGCUGAAACGGAGGUGCUGUCAUAAAGCCGCUGAGACUAAUUUUUCAAAUAAAGGGCACACCAAUGAACAGUUCUCGCUUUAAGCCUUCAAAUACAUCAACGGACUGUACCAAAAUGAUAAGAGGAGAUCAUCAUUUGUUUGUUUUUGCUCAAGGGAGGGUAGUCUGACUGUGGGAGAGCAUGGGGAGGCUGUUUAAUUUUCACUCUUACUUUAUAGUUCAGCCUUCGCACAAGUAUUAAAUAGUAACGAAUCUUUACUGUGCUCAGGAUCAUAAAGGUGCAGCCAUACACUGAGGACAACAAACAUGUCUGUCUCAGAGCUCAAUUUUCUCAUCAUAACAGAAAGUUUUAAAUGACCGAAAUGUCAUUAAAAU